GGAUCUUCUAAGAAACUACUCGCUCCCACCUCUCGAGUGCCGAAGACGAAUAGAAAUCGAGACAGAACUAAAGACUAAGAUACAGAAAAAGGAGGAAUAACCCCCAAUUCGCCUUCCCAACUUUACCCCCCCAAAAGCUCCACUAGCCCUCCACCCCACUUGGCUCACGCUCGACCGACGUCUGGAUUUUCUCGCACCUUUAUAAUAUUAUAAGUCGGGGCUUUUUCCCAGCCGAUCUUCCUCCCUUUCAUCACAGGGGAUCGAGAUUCCAUCAACAACUCGACGACUGCGGUUUUGCGAUCGACAGGCGACAACAACCGGGCUUUGCCCACUCACCCACGGCGUUCCUCGCCGCCAAGCUCGCUGUUGCUUGCAUAAGCGCAGUGACUUUUAGUUAACCCUCGGCUAGCUUGCAUCGCCCAGCCGUUGCCUGCAUUGCCCGCCCUCAGUGACCAACCCUUGCAUCAUCAGCACUACCGGACCUGCACUCGCUCUUCGGCACCUACAAAAUCUUGCUCUCUCGGGUAGCCGCGUUUGCAAAUCACUCGGCUCUGGCCCAUCACCCGUCAUGGCUUCCUCUGGGCAGUCGGUGGCGUCCUCAUCGCCCCGCACGUCGCCUCACAUGUCGCCGCGCUCGUCACAGCCGCCAUCCAUCAAGUCGGUCGAGGGCCCCGCCAAGUCGCCAAAAAUAAACGGCCAGAACGGCGGCCCGGCGAUCCCCGUCGGCGCCAUCGAGCAGUCGCAAAAGCCUGCCGAGAAGGGCUCCAUGAAGGACAGGCUAACCCGCAUGUUCACGGCCCGAGACGCAGCCUCGCGUGCCGCGACCCCCGACAGCAUUGGGAGUGCGCAGGCCAAGAAGCAUCAGGAUGCGGCCGCGACACCGGCCACGACGUCGCCACCUCCCACCAAGCCGGUCGGCGGCAAGGAAACGCACCUGCAGCGCUUCGUAAUCAAUCCAGACGUUCAGGGCGGCCAUGAGCACCACUUGAAGUCCAGCCGUCGGCAGGAGAAGCUCACGGACCUGAUCAAGAAUUUUCUUGGCAGGAAACCGGAGCAUGCGCCCGAAAACGAUCUCUCCUUGGUAUCGAAUUGGGUCGACAACCUGAGGAAAGAAAAAGAGGGCGCCGCGUCGGACAAGAAGCCGCCGGCGAAUCCGUCGGCGACCUUGGUGGAGAAGUACGGCAAGUGCCAAGAGGUCGUGGGGCGGGGUGCCUUCGGCAUUGUCAGGAUAUCCCACAAGAAGCUGGAUAACGGUCUGGGCGAGAAGCUAUACGCCGUCAAGGAGUUCCGCCGGCGGCCCGAGGAGACGGAGAAGAAGUACAGCAAGCGGCUGACGGCCGAGUUCUGCAUCUCGUCGUCGCUCCGCCACCCUAACGUCAUCCACACCCUCGACCUCCUCAAGGACUCCAAGGGCGACUACUGCGAGGUGAUGGAGUUUUGUGCGGGCGGCGACCUGUACACGCUUGUCCUGUCGGCUGGCAAGCUCGAGGUGCAAGAGGCCGACUGCUUCUUCAAGCAGAUGAUGCGGGGUGUCGAGUACAUGCACGAGAUGGGCGUGGCUCACCGCGAUCUCAAGCCCGAGAACCUGCUGCUGACAACGCACGGCGCGCUCAAGAUUACCGAUUUUGGCAACGGCGAGUGCUUCCGCAUGGCCUGGGAGAACGACGCCCACAUGGUGUCUGGUCUCUGCGGCUCCGCUCCUUACAUUGCCCCUGAAGAAUACACCGCCAAGGAGUUCGACGCGCGUGCCGUCGACGUCUGGGCUUGCGGUGUCAUUUACAUGGCGAUGCGGACGGGCCGCCACCUCUGGCGAGUCGCUCGCAAGGACGAGGACGAGUUCUAUACGCGCUACCUCGAAGGGCGUCGGGACGAAGAGGGCUAUGCCCCGAUCGAGGCGCUGCACAGGGCUCGCUGCAGAAACGUAAUCUACUCAAUACUAGACCCCAACCCGGCGCGGAGAAUCACCGCCUCGCAAGUGCUCAAGUCCGAAUGGGGCCGCGAGAUACAACUUUGCAAAGCCGGCGAGGAGGGUCUCUAACACGUGCUCCGUCAGGUGGCCGGGCGAUGUGUACCUUGCCUGGAACAGCAUCGCCUACCGCCUGGCGGAACAUGUCUUGAAGCAUCUUGAAACUCCACCUCGCAGUCUCUGAUCCUAUAAAGACGAGCCCCUCACCUGGCUG